AUGGGGCAAACGGUGGGACGCAUGCCUCAUACAUGGGCAGAUUUAUUGAAGGAAAGAGAUCGUGUUUUAUAUUGGAGUGGUGAGGUUUUAUCAAAAGUGAUCGACAACGUAAACGAAGAAAGAUCAUUCCUGAUCGAUUACGGCAAUGAAAGCAUUGAUAAAAAAAUCGAUUCGUGGAUGGAUUCGAACGAAGCACGAAUCGAUAGAAUUUUCAGUAAACAUCCAAACCUGCCAGAAUCAUUUAAACUUGAAGUGACAAACGAACUCAAACAAAUAAAAGAAGAUUUAAGAAUAAAAAUGAGACAUGAUUACUACCAUGGCUAUAGAGACAUGGACAAGUUUACAAAAAAAGUAGACAGAUUAGGAGAACGACAGCGUAAAAUACACGGGAAACUUCUACAUAUUGAAAAUAUUUGCGAUAAUAAUAUAAAAGAAUUUCGAAGAAGAUUCGGCCCUUUGCGAGUGAAAACGUUCAAAAAUCUUAAAUCAGGUGAAAAAAUGAUAGUUAAAGACAAGAGACUGAAGUCACAGUUUGCUAAACGAGUAUACGAUAUUGAUCACAAAAAUGUACAAGAAUGUGCGAAAUGUAUCGACAAGUUAAUAAAGAUUAUUGAAAAAAAAGCUAUGUUUAAACAAUGAUUAAAAUUAGAUAAAUAAAUAAUC